AUGCAAUUACAAACUCUGCGUCAGAGCCCUGUAUCUCGUGUUGGUGCCAUCUCUGGAGCUCCUAUUUCCACUACAAUCACUGUAAAACCAACAAGCACGCUUCGUCUUAGCCUGGCUCAAAUAAGUCCUCGACUUGUCGGAUUAGGCAGUCGUGGCCACAGAGCAAACUGUUCAAUCCCUUUGCCCGGCAGAGCUGGUGUUUGGCUCUCGAGACUCUCUAACCAGCUAGACGUUCUGCCAACCAAGACUCGUCCUAAGUGCCUCUGCCUGAUCGGCACGGAAGGUAUAUCACACCCUUAUCUACUUAAGGGUUUGGAAGAUUUGCGCCUAGACGACCGAGUCAUGCACCUUCUUCAGCUGGCUAAUCUGGCCCUACGAAGUUUACCCCCAGGUCGGGGUGUGGCAAACUGCCGACAGGCUGAGCUCGCUGCUAAUACAUAUGCUAUAACUCCACUUGGAGUUCGCUCCGGCCUUAUUCAAAUGGUGCAAGGCGCCGUUCCACUAUUCAGCCUCUACAAGCGUUGGCAGAAACGUCAUCUUGCAUCAACACCUGAUGAUACUAGCUUUCCUGCUGAAGCUUCCUCAUCCAGUUCUUUAGUGGCUGUACCUCGCCCUGCAGAGCUUUUUCACAAACGCCUUCGCGAUUUGCUUCCUGAUGGACUAGCUGAUCCUCAAAACCGAGCAUCAUGGCCCCUUGAAACAUUGAAGCAAGUUCUCGCAAGUUUGGAACGCGAGACACCCGACGACUUACUUUCUAGAGAGCUUUGGGCUUCCAAUCCAUUAUCUUCAUCUGCAUGGUGGCGCGCUUGUUGUAAUUUUUCCCGUUCCAAUGGGCUUUCAUGUAUGCUUGGCUACCUUGUAGGCCUAGGUGACCGACACCUGGACAACCUACUAAUUGAUUUCACUACUGGCCAGCUAAUCCAUAUAGACUACAAUGUAUGUUUCGACAAAGGCCGCAGUCUUCGUGUCCCGGAGCGCGUGCCGUUCCGGCUGACGCGCAAUCUGCGCCACCCACUCGGACCUAGUGCGAUGUCGACAGUGUGGCGAAGGCCUCAGGUGAAUGGAAUGUUUCGUUCAGCCGCGAUUUCCACACUUUCUACACUACGUGACAUCGCAGAUCCAAUACUUAUUCAACUAGAAGCUUUCCUGAUUGAUCCUUUGGUCGACUGGUUGCGCGAUGAUAUCCCCUCAGAUGCGAAUGGAGGGGGUCCUGUCUACAUAGAUUCUGCUUUCAUGGCGGCAUAUCGAGGAGGCGUGUAUCUUGUUGGGGAAGAAAAAGAUGAUUCUCCCAUAUACGCUGCUGACUACUCAUUGGCCGCACGAGCUCGUCGGGAUCGCCGCUUCCGAUCAGAGGCGUUGCAAUACUGUUUAUUGGCAGCCACUCGUAUAGCCUUGCAAAAGCUACGACUAGACUCUAACCGCCAUCUGUCGGCUGCUUCAACUCGUCUUUCUUCUUGUCUUGAUGUUCUUCAGACGCGUUUAGCAGCCUGGGCAUCUUUUAAGGCCGUAGAUAAUGAUUGCAUCCCGCUCCGUCGUCGUUUAGAUAUCAUUGGACGUUUAUGCGAACCUCAAUCUCUUGCUGGAUCUCGUCUAGCUGAACUUGAAGCUAGACAGUCUGCUUUUAUAACUGCACAACAUCAGUUACGCCGCAUUAGUGAUCAAGCUCGGUCAUUUUUGACCGUUUGGUCCAACGAUUUGCGACUCCUCGCAUCUGGGUUUGCCUCUCUUGUUCACUCUGCUAGUAUUACACGUCUUAUGCUUGCUAUUGAGGAAGCCAGGCAAAAUUUCGACAGCGAGGAGCAGGCAUUAUCAGCAACCGUUGCCCAGCUUGUCUCAAUUUUCUCCAAGUAUUAUAGCAUCGCUUGUGGCUACCUGGGACGGUCCGAGGGUUUGCUGUCUGCCUCUUCUGUUCGUUGGAGUGAGGAACCUAUUCGGUUACUCGAGGAAUUUAGCACUUCAAUUUCCGCCGAGUCUAUAGAUGCGGCCGAUAACUUGGUCUCUGAUUGGAACUUAGUUUCCACGAAGCCACUGCUUGUUAUUGAAGCCAACAAUGUCGAUCGAUUGACAACUUACCUAAAUGACUGGAUGCAGUCUCUUAUCUACGAACUUUCCUGUCUCGAACCUGCCCAAACCCCUACUACUAUUUCUGAGGACUUUGACACCGCUGUGAUGCCUGAUUUGAGCAACAUUGGC